UACCACAGCUUCUUCAAAACCCUCGUGGAGCAUGAAAUCACAGUAGAACUCAAAAAUGAAGUGCAGAUCCGCGGGACGCUCAAGAGCGUAGAUCAGUACUUGAAUAUUAAGCUGGACAAUGCCGAGGCGGUGGAUGAGCUGAGGUGGCCGCAUUUGUGCUCAACCAAGGACAUGUUCAUUCGCGGUUCCGUUGUACGCUACGUACAUCUACCUUCGGGCGCGGUCGAUACAGCGUUAUUGGAGGACGCGACGAGGAGGGAGGCGGAGGCGGCGAAAAACAAGGCGAAGUGA